GCAGGGGAGGGGUUCUCGGGUAGGAAGGGUCAAAGGAAGCAGUGAUCAUUACCUGAGAAAGGAAAGGGGGUGCUGUCCUCCCUCCUUCCCUUUCCCUGGGUCUGCACCCCCUUCCACCUUCCCCAGGUCCUCCCCCCCUUGUUGCUAAGGCCCGGACCGUCAUCCCAGCAACAGCCUCAGUCAUGUGACCGGCAAUGGCGGCGCUGACGAGAGUCUUGGUCAGCUGAGUGUGGAGACAGGGAUUUCUGCUGCUGCCAUCGUCCAUGGGCUUUCCAGGUCACACAACCUACAAGUAGGGAGCAGGGAAAGAGAGUGAGCCUGCAUGCCAAUUCUAAGCUCUUCAGGAUCAAAUGUCGUUCGUCCUGUCCAGAAUGGCAGCCUGUGGAGGCACCUGCAAGAACAAAGUGACUGUCUCCAAGCCUGUGUGGGACUUCCUAAGCAAGGAGACCCCAGCCCGGCUGGCCCGGCUUCGGGAGGAGCACCGAGUGUCCAUCCUCAUAGAUGGCGAGACCUCUGACAUCUAUGUUCUCCAGCUUUCCCCACAGGGCCCUCCCCCGGCCCCUCCCAAUGGGCUCUACCUGGCCCGGAAGGCUCUCAAGGGGCUGUUAAAAGAGGCGGAGAAAGAGCUGAAGAAAGCUCAGAGGCAGGGGGAGCUUAUGGGCUGCCUGGCUUUGGGUGGUGGUGGGGAACACCCUGAGCUGCACCGCCCAGGGCCACCCCCUCUCCGAGCAGCCCCGAUUCUGCCCCCAGGGGCCCGGGGGCUUCCCCCACCUCCUCCUCCUCUGCCCCCUCCUCUUCCUCCUCGCCUUCGGGAGGAGGCAGAAGAGCAGGAGAGCACCUGCCCCAUCUGUCUGGGGGAGAUCCAGAAUGCCAAGACAUUGGAGAAGUGCCGGCACUCAUUCUGUGAGGGCUGCAUCACCCGAGCCCUACAGGUGAAGAAGGCCUGCCCCAUGUGCGGCCGCUUCUACGGGCAGCUGGUGGGCAACCAGCCCCAGAAUGGACGGAUGCUGGUCUCCAAGGACGCCACCCUCCUCCUGCCCAGCUACGAGAAGUACGGCACCAUUGUCAUCCAGUACGUCUUCCCGCCCGGUGUCCAGGGGGCUGAACACCCAAACCCAGGAGUUCGGUACCCUGGCACCACACGGGUGGCCUACCUCCCGGACUGCCCCGAGGGCAACAAGGUGCUGACCCUGUUCCGAAAGGCAUUUGACCAGCGUCUCACCUUCACUAUUGGCACGUCCAUGACCACAGGGAGACCGAAUGUCAUCACCUGGAACGACAUCCACCACAAGACCAGCUGCACAGGGGGACCCCAGCUGUUUGGAUACCCAGACCCCACCUACCUGACCCGUGUGCAAGAGGAGCUGAGAGCCAAGGGCAUCACAGAUGACUGAAGGACAUCCCCUUUGCCACCUUGCUGUCCUCCUCUAUUAGGACCUAAUGGAAGCCUCUGUUCUCUUCUCUUCCCCUGCCCUCCACACCACACAAGUAGGGGACCUGUCUGACAGAGAGGGAGUUCAGAGGGGAAGGGGCAAUCCCUCCCCUGUCCCCUGUUGGCCAAGUGCUUCAGUGCCCUGUGAGCAGCUCCCUUUUGGCAGAGGCUGGUCUCCAAGCUCCACUCCCCGCGUCCCUGUACAUACUUCCAGUUCCCCAGCCUCCUUUGCCCUUGGCUUUAUGUGCUGUGCUCCAGUGACUAAGCUGAGAAAGGACCUGGGUGGACAGGAUUGGGUCUCUUGAACCCCAGCCCCCACAUACUGCUCCACUAUGGACUGAUGUGACACCCCCUUCUCCCAGGAGCCAGCCCGUGGUGUGUUCAUAAGAUACAGUUCUCCUACCUUAACCUUGUCCUUUCCUGUGUCUCAGUCUCUGUCAGUCUCUGUCUUUCUCGCUCUUCUCUGCCCCCUAUAAGGAGCUCUCCUUACUCUGUUCUGGAAUCGCUGCCAGAAUGUAGCUUUUAAUUUAAUAAAAAUAAAGUAAAAUAUGCAACUCU